AUGACAUUGCUUGAGCAGACAAUAGAACUUCCGCGAUUGAAGCGUCGCAAAAGCCUGAAGGAAUUGUCCAUUACAGUGUGUUUGCAAGAAAUGCCACCUAAGUUCACGUCAGAAAUGGUCAUCCUGCGGAGCGAACGCAACCGUCUGAAUGAAAGCCAGGCCGACCAAGCUUAG